GAGUAUUUGUGGACUUGUUUAAGAGUUUUUAAUGGCACCGACUUUCACCUUUACACCGAGACCAUAACCACGGAGCCUAUGUAAAGCGUAUGUGUGUGAGUGAAGGCUAGUGAUGGACUGCACAGGUGACACUGCUGUGGUGGUGGUGGAAGUGCAGGGGGUGAGACUUGUUGCUGAGAAGGGGCGGAACCACCGCUGCUGCUCACCGUGCGGGGGGUGUCAUUGAAGGGGGAGGAAGAGAGAGAGAGAGAGAGAGAGAGAAAAAAACCGACAGAAGAAGGGAGUUACCUCAGCGCUAGCCGAGAGCUAUGAGAGCGGGUCAUUUUUUAGUUUGACGUUUACUGUUAAAGAAUAAGAACCACACAGUCAAAGGGGGAAAGGACCGAUAAGAAACCCUACGAAUUUAGGCUCGCGUAAGCAGUUGGAAUUCCCUGCACAUUCACGCUCUCACGGCAACUGGAAUAUUGUGCGCGUUCGCGCUCGAGCUCUCUUUCCGUUCUGCGCGCACACGUGGCGCGUGUUUGUGUAUGUGUGUGUGUUUACAAAGUGUCGGAGUGAGCGUCAGAAACGAGGGAAGGAGGAUAAAGCCAAGAAGGAGGGAUGGUGGACAACUCCAACGGCAGUAAGGCACAAAUGCCCAGCAUGUCUCAAGAGCCUGGUGUGGCGUUUCCUCAGAGUACCUCGACAGGGGGAAUGAAGCUGGAGGCAGUGAUGGAGCAACUCCAGCGUCAGCAGCAGGCCCGACUGGAAAUGGAGCGCAAGGAAAGAAAACUACGGGAGGCCCACAUCAUGUACGCUCAGCAGGUGGCCGCUCAGCAGGCCAUCCUUGCGGCUGCACGGGCCUCUGGAGCCAGCUUCAUGGGCAAAAGUCUCGCUGGGGUCGUCCCGGGAGCUGGGCUGCCGCCACGGGUGUCCAAUCAGAGCAGUGUAGACUCAGAAAGAGAGGAUGAUGAGGACAGAGGCAGGGAUUCUGGUGAUGAGGAUGAUGACACUGAGAUGAUGGAGGGAGAUGAAGGCAGUGAUGAGGAUGAAGGGAGUGCCAGUGGUCUGGAGUUUCUUCGCAAGCAGACCCUGGCACUGCAGCAAAACGCUUCUCGUAUCCCGGCCCGGCCAUUUGGCAGUUACUCAGCUUCGGCCCCCCAGAGGGCUGCGUCACCACCAAUCCGAGUGAAGCAGGAACCUGACGAGGGCCUGUCUCCGGCUGGGCCUCAUUCUGCCACCUCACCCGUCAGCCAAGCUGACUGGGGAUUUGAAGACCACUUCAGACAGAAUGGGAAUGCAGGCUGGGCCGAUGAGGCUGACAGUAGCAGAGGAAGAGGAGAGGCCUCCAGAGACUUUGCAAAGUUGUACGAACUGGACAAUGACCCAAAAAGAAAGGAGUUCCUGGAUGACCUAUUCACCUUCAUGCAGAAAAGAGGAACUCCUGUCAAUCGUAUUCCUAUCAUGGCCAAGCAGGUGCUGGAUCUGUAUAUGCUGUACAAGCUGGUUACUGAGAAGGGGGGGCUGGUGGAGGUCAUCAACAAGAAGAUCUGGAGAGAGAUCACAAAGGGACUCAACCUGCCUACCUCUAUCACCAGUGCUGCGUUUACUCUGCGCACACAAUACAUGAAAUACCUCUACCCCUAUGAGUGUGAGAGGAAAGGUCUCAGUUCUCCAAAUGAGCUCCAAGCCGCCAUCGACAGCAAUCGCCGCGAAGGCCGUCGUCCGAGCUACAGCAGCAGCCUCUUCCGCUUCUCUCCUUCUCCUAGCACGGCCCCUCACAUCCUCUCACCUCCCAAGAUGCACCUCUCAGCCCUGGGAGCUGGGGCCUCGGUGGCCCUCAACGGCUUGCAGGGUUCUCCGGGACCUUCUCUGAAGAAAGGUCAGCCAUACGACCUGACCAGCUCCAUCAUGGCAGCGAGGCCCCCUAUGGCGCUGACCCUCGGUCAGCAGCAGGUUGCCGGGCUGGCGAGGGCUGCCACACUGGAGCAGUUGAGGGAAAAGCUGGAGACCGGCGUUGGAGGCGAGGGACCGGAGAGGAAGAUGGCCCGCCUGGCCGAAGAGCAGCAGCGUCUGAUGCAGCAGGCGUUCCAGCACAACCUGUUGGCCAUGGCUUCUCAAAUGCCGAUGAAUCUACGCCUGGGAACGCCAGCCAUCACCACCAGAGAUGAGAAGCCACAGGAUAUGUCUCUGAGCAUCUCGACCAAUGGGAAUGCCAGCAUCACUGUGUCAGUGGAGGUGAACGGCACCGUCUACACAGGUACCCUGUUUGCCCACAAGUCUGUUGGGACUCCAGCUGCUGCUGCUGCCGCCGCCGCCGCCGCUGCUGCAGCUUCCUCCGCUGGAACCAGCGGCGGCUUCGGCUUCUCCGUACCGGGUCAGAACCUCAGUCCCUCCUCCUCCUCCUCCUCUUCCUCCUCCAAGGGUCCUGGCUCGGCUGAGCCGGUGCCCGGCGGGUCGCCAUGACUCAGAGUAGCCCGCGUACCUUUCCCUCGGGCCUCCAUUCCACCGGGAGACACCGCAUGAAUAUACAGUACAACGAGAAACCAAUAAGAAAAACUGUUGCACAACAAAUACCUCAUCCACCCUGUCAACGUCUUGGCUGUCCAAUCAAACGAACACAGAGCCGGAGAAUAUGACGUCACGUCAACAUGUGCCCAAAUGCACAGCUAUGCAUUUAUUGUCCACACACUUACACUCACAGCACUACACGACAAUGACACACACACACACACACACACACUUUCAUCCCAUUUUACAUGCUAAACACAUUCAGCUCAGCCAAAACCCACUGACAGGCGUAGUCACAACUGAACUUGAAAAGUUUUUAUCUUAGAACGUUUUUGUUUGUUUUGUUGCCAUUUUUUUUCUUGUCUUUUAUGAUUGAUUUUUUUUGUUUUUAGUUUUGACCUUUUUACAUACCUCAAAUCAUGUAAGUUGCAGUGGAGUCUUUACCUCAGGAGCUGUACUAUAGUUGACCUGAAUCAACUUUAUUUUUGUAUUCUUUUUGACCUCGUUGCAAUCAGGGGAAUUCAGGUAACUGGCAGUCAGUCGAACUCUUUGUAUAGAAAAAGCCAAACCUCACAGCCACGGGCCACGUGCUCAGGGCCAGCUCAGGUUACUUUAUGAUGCUGAAGUUUAACUGGUGAACAAUCAGAUGCUGUAGAUCAGCACACAAAUACCUCGUUUCAAAACCUUGCGACGCCUCGCUUCAGACGGCGCCAGGUCCAGUACCCAAAUGGGAUGCUGGGAGUAGAAGCCUUUAGUUUUACUUCACACCUGUCCGCACACGUUCUCUCUAACCACGCAAACCCGGAGAAAAUCAGCCGCUCGUAAUCAGCCCGAGCUCCUGUCGAAGGUACGGAGCAGUUAGUGCUGUGAAUGUUUGAUGUUUGACGGAGCUGAACGUUAAUCUGACAGCAUCACCGUAAUCCUCAGGCCUCACGCUGGCUGCUCUGCUCCGACGGCCGCUCUCUCUCUCUCUCUCUCUCUCUCUCAUCCCUCUCAGGAAGUUAUAUGACACCUGCAAGGAAUCACUGUUAAAUUAAAGGGAAUUAAAGGAUUCACAUCUGCAGAAUGCACAAGUCUUCAUGACUGUUCCACGAAUACCUCAUCCGACUCCAUCUAAAGAGGAGUUACACUAUAAAUACCUCAUACGGCCAUGAAGCCAUCAAGACUUGACGCACGGGUCCAACGGUGGACAUUUUACCUGAACUGAAGUGAACUGACAGAACACUGCUGGUGGUUUUGGGACAAACAGGACUGGGAUGAGCUCGUAUCGCUCUCCUCCUGUAAUUUACCUGUAGAUUUAUCUUCUUUCCUUUUUCUCUCUCUCUCUUUUUCUUUCUUUUUUCCCCCCGUCCUCUAAACUCUUCAUGUUGUGUGAAAACAAUGAUAUACCUUCUUCUUUGAUUUAGGGAAGAGGAAAAGAGUCACCCGCUCCUUCCUGACGCCUGUACGUUUGUAGGAUUAAUCUUGGGUUUUGUGGGGUUUUUUUUGUUUUCGUUUUUUUGAAGUUCAUAAGGUCCAAGGAAAAAAGGAGGCCACGCUGACCUUAAAUUUGAAUGCAAAUUUCUGAAUCUCACUUUGUGUCUUCUUUCACGACAGCGAGUGAAAUGAUAUGCAUGUGUACAAUCAUGUGACCAGGCGUAACAGCGUAACCCCCCCCGGUUCACAUAAGACUGUGGUUAUGUUUUAAAGAUGGAUACCAAAGAGGAGCACAGCCACUGCUGUAGACCCACAGCCUGCUUUUAAUCUGGACAGAAAUGUGCCCCCACCCCACCCUGCCCCCCUCACCUAAUCUCAAUCUAAUUUUCAUUUCGUUUCCUAAAGCUAGUAAAGCUGCGUGACGUGAAUCUGUUGAUCACGUGACGUGUGUGGUCAGACGGGACGAUCUUUGUCGGCCUUAGUGAACAUUUAAGUGCUGUCCUUCCGCAAACGUGGACACGGAAACUGGUUAACCCCCAAUGAUUGAUAAUAUUCUGUCAGGAGUUUAUUAAUCGCACGCCUCCUCCACGGCCAAUCAGAACGUCUCCCCUUCACCCCAUGACACAACAUGACUUUUCUAGCUUUAUCUUUACUGAAUGUGAGCUGUGUUAUCUGUCGAG